GAGAGUCCACAUUCACAUUGAAGGUGGUAGGAAACUGCUGCUCCCUUCACAGGAAGAAAAGCAUGCAUAGGCCUAAUAUAUAUAACAAGAAAGAGUCCACUGUCCACACUCCAUACCAUACUGCAUAUUCCAAUUCUUUGAGACGCUCUUUUCUUUAGUUUAUUUGUCCUUAAUUCUCUUAUGGCCAUUCAACUUGCCUCUUCUUCCUUGCCUCCUUCAUGGACAUAUGAUGUAUUUUUGAGUUUUAGAGGUGAGGAUACACGUUUUACUUUUACAGAUCAUUUAUACGAGGCCUUGAACCGCAAUAGAAUCAACACUUUCAUUGAUCGCCAUCUUAAAAGAGGAGAAGAAAUAUCACCAGCUUUUCUAAAAGCAAUUGAAGAGUCGAGAAUUUCAAUCAUUGUAAUCUCUGAAAACUAUGCAUCGUCAAGAUGGUGCUUGGAUGAGCUUGUACAUAUACUUGAAUGUAGAAGGUCAAGGCAGCAAAUAGUUUGGCCAGUUUUCUACAAGGUGGAUCCGUCCCAUGUACGAAAUCAAACGAGUAGGUUCGGUGACGCAUUUACAGGACAUGAAUGCAAAUACAAGGACGAGGGGAAGAUCCUCUUAUGGAGGAGUGCUCUAAAAGAAGUAGCAAAUUUGUCAGGACAUACCGUCAAAGAGGAAGAGUACGAAGCUACAUUCAUCAGACAGAUCGUGAAGGAGAUCCUAGUCCUUGUACCACAACGCCCGCAUUUGAAUGUAGCCAAAUACCAAGUUGGAAUGGAGUCUUGUGUAGAAAAGGUGAAAGAGCUGUUAGAUGUCGGUGGAAAUGAUCCGUGUGUGGUUGGGAUUUGGGGGGCAUCUGGAAUCGGCAAGACAGAAGUUGCAAAAACUGUUUAUAAUGCAAUUGCUUACAAGUUUGAAGGUAGUUGUUUCCUGGCAAUGCAACCAGGAGGCCUACUCCAACUACAAAACACUCUUCUAAGUGAGAUUGGUGGUUCAAAGUGGAAAGUUGUCAAUCCUCAUAGAGGAAACAACCUUAUAGAGAAACUGUUGAGGCGAAAGAAGAUUCUCUUAAUUCUUGAUGAUGUGGAUGAACUGGGGCAGUUAAACGACUUGGUUCAAGUUGAAUGGCUCGGUGAGGGUAGCAGAGUGAUCAUAACCACAAAAGACAGAGGAUUGUUGAAUUCUUAUGACGUUGGGUUGAUAUACAAUGUCCAAAAGUUAGAAGACAACAAGGCUCUUGAGCUUUUAAGUUGGAAUGCCUUCGGAAAAAAAGAACCUUCCGAUGAUUAUUUGGGAUGCGCACGACGUGCAAUAGCAUAUGCUCAAGGCCAUCCGUUAGCACUUAAUCUUAUAGGUUCUUAUCUACGGAAUAAAAGUAAAGAUCGUUGGCAAGCUAUAUUGGAUGAUUACGAUUCUUACAAUAGAGAACCUUAUGGAGGAAUUCAAAAAAUACUUCGAAAAAGUUAUGAUACCUUGGAUUAUGUCAUGCAACAAGUUUUUUUAGACAUUGCAUGCUUCUUCAAGGGUAAACGUAAAGACUAUGUGUUACAAAUAUUAAGAAGUUCGAAGCUUAGUGUACCUCAAGAUUGUAUUGACUUACUCGUUGAGAAAGCCAUCAUAACUAUUGAACAUAAUAGAAUUUUGAUGCAUGACUUGCUAGAAAAAAUGGGUAAGCAUAUAGUUUGGGAAGAAUCGCCCAUUGAACCAAGCGAGCGGAGCAGAUUGUGGAAUCAUGAAGAUGUGUACCGUGUUCUAACUGAAAACAGAGGAACAAAGAAAAUUAAAGGCAUUGUGGUGAAGUUGCCCAAGCUAGAUGUGAUACCCUUGAAUGCAAAAAGCUUUUUCGAGAUGGUAAAUCUUGAAAUUUUUAUAAGCCGUAAUGCACACUUUUCUGGAUGCAUUGAGUAUCUACCUGACGAUUUGAGGUGGAUUGAAUUCGGUGGAGUUAAGCUUCAAGAUUGGGGAUCCAAUAUUCUUCAAAAGCAUAUACUUACAUUCAAUUUGCAAUCCAAUUGUCAUCUAAGGCAUCUUGUCGCGUUUAUUAUGCCAAACAGUGGCAUCAAACAAUUGAAGGGAUUUGAGAAUUUGGCAAUGCUUACAUCUUUGGUUUUAAGUGGUUCCGAAUUCUUAGAAAAAAUUCCCAACUUAUCAGGAAGUCCAAACCUAAGGGAGUUGAUUCUAGAUAAGUGUAAAAGUUUAGUUGAAGUUGAUGAUUCUGUUGGAUUCCUUGAUAAACUUGUUAAAUUAAGUCUUGUUAAGUGCUCUAGUCUUAAGAGAUUUGCGACGAGACUCAGAUUGAGAUCCCUUCGAAGCCUUGAUCUUGAGGGUUGCACAAGGCUCGAGAGUUUCCCAGAAAUAGAGCCCAAGAUGGAAUCUCUAGAGUGUUUGGACAUAAAAGAAAGUGGCAUAAGAGAAUUGCCUUCAUCAAUUGCAUAUCUUACUGGGCUUGUCUACUUGUGCGCACGUCAUUGUAAGAACCUUACAGGUACAUCAUUACGUCACAUUUUUGGGUUGCAACAUCUCGACUAUAUUGAAAUGGAUGGAUGCCCAAAACUGGGGACAUUUGGGAAGUUUUCAACUCACUUAGAUACUUCACAUGACAAUGGUAAUCCAUUAGCCCUUCCCAACGUAGGCUGUACUUAUCUUGAUCUUAGUGGAUGCAAUUUAUCAGAAACUGAUUUUCUUGUGCCUCUUCAUUGGUGGUCCAAAUUAGAAUGUGUUGGUCUGGAUAGAAACAAUUUUGUUAGUCUACCUGAAUGCAUUAGCAAAUUUGUUAACGUGGGAGUACUUGAUUUGAAUGGUUGCAAGAGGCUUCGGGAAAUUCCACAUGCCCUUCCACCAAAUCUAAGUGAAUUAUAUCUGGAUGAUUGCACAUCAUUGGAGAAAAUUCCAAAGUUGCCCUCGGGGCUUAGGCUUCUGCAGUUGGAAAAUUGCUUUAGACUAAGUGGCGAUGAGGUGGCAAAGUUGGAAAAUAAUUUGUUGAACUUGAAUCAGGAAUCUCUUUUGUGCUCUCAAUUGCAAGUUACAUAUCCUGGCAAUGAAAUUCCAAAGCGGUUCAGCUAUACCUCUAAACAUCUAACAGCCACUAGGAUUGAAAGUGGAUGGGAAGGGUUUUAUAAUGGAGGUAGUGAAUUUAGUUUUGAAAUUCCUCUAAAUUUACAGGAGAGGGAGACGUUAUUAGGAUUGGCCUUUUCUUGUGUUUUUCAACCACUGCCACAAUUGAGAGUAUAUCACAGUUCUCGUGUUCGUGUUUUUCAACCACGGCCUUUAUUAGAAUUGAGAAAUUAUUUCGAAGGACGUGAUUAUAAAAACUUUGAGUGGUUGUCGAGAUGGAGGCAGACAGAUCAUGUGGGGCUCAUGUUAGUGGAUUUAGAAAAGAAGCAGGGAGAUAUUUGUAAAGUUAAAUUUCAAACCCACGGGGACACACGCAUUAAAAUCUGCGGGGUGCACCCCUUAUUCCGCAAAGAAGAUGAACGGCUUCCCUUGUCUUUGGGACCAACGAGUAGUCUUGGAUCCACAGAUAUUGUCGAUGAUGAAUAUGAUCGGCAACAACAAUGGCCUUCCUUAUCUUUGAACCCAGCGGAUGAUCAUCCGAAACGCACGCAGAUUGAUCACAAUGUUCCUUCUGAUAUUGAGGAGGAGCAAGAGCAACCGCCCACCAUUUCUGAUUUACCACGAGUUUGGGACGCACGCAUUAAGAGUUGCGGUGUGCACCCACUAUUGUGCAAAGAAGACGAAUGGCUUCCUUUGUCUUUGGGACCAACAAGUAGUCUUGGGAAGAGGCCUCGACCACUUGGAUCAUCAGAUAUCGUCCACGAGGAAUAUGAUCGGCAACGACAAUGGCUUUCUUUAUCUUCGAAGCCGGCGGAUGAUCAUCCGAAACACAGGCGGAUUGAUCUUAAUGUUCAUUUUGAUAUUGAGGAGGAGCAAGAGCAACCAUCCACUUCAAAUGACUCGCAAUUUUUUCUUCAUUAGGAGUUUGGUUACGGGCAUUUCAGUUUUAGUAUAACUAAAUAAUUUUUUUAUUUUUUUGUAUUGUGAAUUUGUGUUACCUUUUUAGAUUAAUAUAAUAAAAUUAAUUAAUUUAAAUUAAACACAAAAAAAUUAGAGUAAAUUACAUUUUACCUCCUCAACUUUGGAUCGCAUAACAAUCUCAUAUCUCAUCUUUUAAUUAUUGCUAAAUCAUACAUCAAUUUACAAAUUUGUUACAAUAUCAUACAUCCAUCAAUUUUUUUGUUAAUUUUUAUAUUAAAUGCUGCCGUGGCAAACACAGGCCCGCUCCCUUACCUAACUAGGUUAUAAAAUUAAUUUAAUAUUAACAAUUAAAGAAUUUUUAGUUCUAAAUUAAAUUAAAAUUAACAAACAAAUUCAUGGAUAUCUUAACGGAGGUUUAAGAUUGCAACAAAUUCGUAAGUUAUUUAAGACAUUGCAAUGUUUAAAAAAUGAGGUAUAACUUUGUAAUAAGACCCAAAGUUAAGGUAGUAACAUGUAAUUUACCCAAGAAAUUAAACAGUUUUCAAUCUGCAGAAACAAAUGUUUCAUAUCUGUAGGUGGCUACUAGCUAAUUAUUAGAAAAACAGAAACCACUAAUCAAUUCAAUCAUGCUCAAACCAAUAUAGUCUAAUACGAAAGGAAAAGUUGGAAUUCAAUCAUGUUAAAUUCAUAAAUUUUGAACAUCCAUUUCCAUCAUAAUAACCACCACAUCAUCAUAUUAUCACAACCAUUAAAUCAAAAGAGAUAUUAUAGAUUCAUCACUGAAUUCAUCUUAACCACAAAAAAUCUUGAUGUAAUCAAAAGAGAUAUUAUAGAUUCAUUACUGAAUCCAACAAAAAAAUCUUGAUGUAAUGAAGAUAAAAUAAAACAGGAAAAUUAAAAUUUCUACAAAAUUAUUCCAACUUCAAAUCUCAUUGGCCUGUAUUAAGAAGAUAAUCCUACAAACUCCCUUUGCCAUGCUUUUCUGAAAAGUGAUGAAUUUGGUUUUGCAAUGAUCUGGGGAUUCUUGGGAUAUUUGAAAUUAAUUGGAUGUGGCCUUUUCAGUUUUGUUGGUUCGUUUUUGGUUUUCAAAACUUCUCUAUAUGUAUGUAUGUACGCAUGGUACAAUGCAAACAGCCUAACAACAGUUAAUUAAAACUAACUCAAUUUUUUGAUAUGAUUACUAAAAUUUGAAGCUUGGAAAUUAGAACCAACCUAACUCCAGAGGCAUCAAAUGUUUCCUUGGGAAAUUGACCUACCUAACAGGAAAGUUCUAAGUUAGGAAGGUCCGGAAGGAGUAGAUAGGUUACAUUUAGAGAAGUACAUGAAAUUUUAUACUCUACACCACACAAUUGCACAAUGCACACAUGCCUUUCUCAAAAAGAAUAAAAAUAUUGCAGCCACUUAUUUCAAGAUAUUUUUCUGAUGCAAUCUUCACUUCUGGCAUAAAUAUGAUUCUUCCCUCAAGUUUGUUGAAUAAUUUGCUUAAGCAUAUCCUUUGGGAAUGGUGGAAUGAAGGAGAUGCAUAGUGAAGUUAAUAUAUAUUGGCAUCUAAACGUGUUAACUCCUCUCAUUACGAAUGGCUGAUAAUUCAAAUGCUAAAAAUACAAUUCAUAUCUACUUCAAUUAUAUGCACUAAUUCCAUACAUGUGUGGUGAGCUCAAGCAUUUGCUGAAGCCAUAUGGUAUAUUGCAGUCUCUUUCAACUUUGUUAAUAACGAAUAAGCAUAUUUCAAUAUCUUUAUUUUUCUUUCUCACUUAGGUGCACUUUGAUGGGAAAGAGGUCGCUCGAAAGCGAAAACAUGGUGACUUUGAGGAGGAAAAGAAAAGAGAACACGUACGUUCCUUCUUCCUUUUUCUUUCUGUGUGUUUUGGGGUGAAGGAUGUGAGGGGUUGUUGGUGUUUGGCAUAUGUGGGCUCUGUUUGACUCUGUUUGUAUUCAUAUUGUUGGUCCUUUCAGGUUUGAGAGAUCAAUAAAGAGAGCAGAAGAAACAGAUGAAGGGAGGAGAUUGAGCUGAAAGAUCUCCGUCAAACAACAUAUCGUAAUUGUAAAGAUUUUUGUCAGGUUUUUCAGAUCAACUAAAAAUCUCAAUAAAAAUUGAGGAUGUUUGAUAAGAUUUGAAGUCAAUUAGUCAAAUGGCAGGCCUAGAUUUCCGUCA